CACAAGUUUCCACCAUGAUAAAAAAACGUACAGAAAUAAAUGAUGUAGAUGGCACAAAUUAUGACAUAAAGAUUGUAGCAGGGCCAUUUGAAAGAGAAAGUCAAGCAAAAAAAGUGGCAAAAGCUUGGUCAGAACCAGACUCUUCUGAGAGUAGUUUUGAAAAUGAAUCGCCAGUACAGCCAGUAACUAAAAAACGAAAAGAAACUGCAAAAUGUUCACGCAAACUUGAAAACGAUUUUUUGAAGUUGCCUGUACCACCAACAUUGCCAUUAUCUGCAAGAGGAACUACUGUGGGUGGGAGUCCUCUAAUGUCAUCUGAUUUAAUUUCAGUGUCACAUGAUGGCUCAAGUCCUAUCUCUGAAAGUAAUUGCCCUAUAAGUAAUUGUUCAUACCAUGAAAGUGCUGUAUCAUGUAGUGGUCCAAUUUCAAGCAGCAUACUCGUCGAAAAUUUAAAUAACACAAAAACAUCAAGUACUAAAUUGGGACCUCUUCUAUGUGAAACAAUCACUCAUGAAUCAUAUUCUAAAUCUGAAAGUUCUCCUAGAUUAAUGAUUAAAAAGAAACAAGAAAGUGCUGUAUCACAUAGUAAUCUGACUUCAAGUAGCACACCCAUCGACAAUUUAAAAAGAACAACAACAUCAAAUACUGAGUUGGAACUUCUUCUGUCUGAUAGAAUCAAUGAAUCAAAUCCUAACUCUGGAGGUCCUAGUGGUCCUAAUACAGAUAUUAGACCAUUUUUUGAAGCGAAAUCAAAUGCGGUGUAUGACAUGACCAACAUGUCCGAAGAUUGUUUGAAGACAAGUACUACAGAUGAUGAUGUUGGUAAUCUUGUGACUGGUUCAUUGAUGUUGCUAGAUGGUUCAACUAGUUUUCAAGAAAUUAAUUAUACAGAUAGUAAUGUGUAUGAUAAUUUUGAUUCUACUCUUAUUAAUAACGAAGAAACAAACAAUACAAAUACUACUGAUUCCGGUUUGAUGGAUUUGUCAAAUUUCAUUAGCAAAAAUGAAAAUUGCUGUUGCCAAAACCUUUUACAAAUCAAAUCAAUAUUAGCUACUAAUGAAAAAACAUCUAAGGCAGUUCAUAAACAAAUUAUGAUACAGUUACAUAUGCUAAACAACUCUAACGUUAAGAUAGUUAAUGCUAUGAAAAACAUGGACCAAAAGCUUCAAGUCAUAAUGAAAGCAGAUUCUAGGAUGAGGUCAUUAGCUCUGCCUAUACCUGUAUUACCAACAGCCUUGAUAACUUUAUUACCUGCAAAAUGUAUUGAAGAGGUAGACGUAGUUGAGUCCAUUCUUUCGGAUGAUAUUGAUGGCUUAAAUAACCAGGAAGAAUUGAAAUCUUACCUUUAUAUGAAGAUUGGAAGUAUGGAUUCUAUAAGCUCAGCUACACGAGCAGCAAUAAAUGAAUGUUUUAAGUAUAAUGUAUUGGCUUUCUUCAGCUUCAGAGGAAAAACUAAGCGAAGUUUUUCAAAAUUAAAAUUGUGUACUGUUAUUUAUGAAUCUCUGUCUAGUUUCCGUACUCAUUUCAAAGAUGAAGAAAAAUUCAAUCGAACCGUAGAUAACUACAUAAAACAUUCUAAACAAAAUAAUGAAGAU